AUGGAACUUGACACAAAACAAUAUGAAGAGUUAUUUUAUUUAUCAUCAGGUAUAAGUGAUGAAAUUAAUGAGGAACUUACUAAUUGUCUUUCGACUAUUUUAGGAUACUCCGAAAGUAAAGCCAAUGGGCCUCGUACAUGUCCCAGUUUUACUGCUGAAUCACGUCGAUUCUGGGUUCAGAUAAGAAAAGCUCAAUUUGUAAAUCCAAAUGCUAAUAAUUAUAUUUUUCAAAAUCUAGGUAGAGAAUUGAUAUUAAGCAAACAAAUAAUAAGAUUUAAUGAAAUCGCGAGUACGAAAAGAAAUAAAAUUAUUAAAGCAACAUUAAUUAAAAAAACACCUUUAGGCAUUUGGCGUCCAAUUCUCAUAACAUAUGAUGAGACAGAACUUCAAAAAAGCGAAGGCUCUUUAAAAAAAUUAGAAAUUUUAUCUAUUAUUACCUCUUUAAUUCUUUCUUUAGAUGAUUCAGAUCGAUCACACUUUCAUGGUUUAUCAAAUAAGUCCCGUGAAGAAUUAGUAAAUAUUCUUCAAGAAGUCAAAAAUAUAUUAGCUAAAAAUAACAUUAGUAUUAGUGAAGAAUAA